UUGCAGCAUGUUUGCGAAGUGCUCAAUCCCAUGCGCAAGGACCCUUUUUGCCCCAGUCGGUUUCUAUCCUUCACAUAGCGUGUCAACCUCCCCGCAGUCUUCUCCGGACGGUUUCGUCCGAAAGCAUCUUUUCUGCGACAAUCCGUGCCUCUUUUUUACUUUGUGGAUGACUGCAACACCUUUGGCCCUGUAGGAGUCGGGCCGAAUGGUGAAUGUGAACGUUCAAUACAUGUAACGCUUAGAAACCUUUGAAUAGGUACAAGGUAAACCCCCCGCAAUACUCGGCUUCUUUUUUGCUCUUGAUUACAAGCAGUGAGUCGAACAUGUCUAUCGUGGUUCUGGUCACGGGUGGUAACAAUGGCAUCGGCCUUGCUACUUGCCAGCUCUUUGCUGCCCAGCCGAACUACCACUGUAUCAUGGCCAGUCGCUCUCUUGAGAAGGGCAAAAAAGCAAUUGCGUCUAUCCACUCUUCGUCUACGAAAGCAUCCAGCUCUAUCUCCCUGGUUCAGCUUGACGUCACCUCCGACACUUCCAUCGCCGCGGCCGUAGAAGAUAUCAGAGCCAAGCACGGCCACCUAGACGUUCUCGUCAACAACGCUGGUGUCUGUCCUAUGGACUUCUCUCGCUCCAUCCUCCGCGACUGCCUGGAAACCAAUGCAAUCUCGCCGGCGAUGGUGACGCAGGCCUUUGCACCGCUUCUGCUUCAGUCAAAAGGCACACCUCGUUUGAUCUACGUUUCCUCACAGCUAGGCUCUAUCCAGAUGCGCGGCGAUCCGGAGAAUGUUGCGUAUAACGAGGCCUAUAAGACGUAUCGCACCAAUAAGGCGGCGCUGAAUAUGCUUGCGGCAUGUGAUGCUUGGGAGUACAGGGGUAAGGUAAAGGUGUUUGCCUUCUGUCCGGGCUAUGUGAUCACGGAUCUGGCUGGGCAGCGAGAGGACAAAGAGAAGGCGGGCAUUGCAAAGAGUCCGGAUGAGAGUGCGAAUGGUCUGUUUACUAUUGCAGAAGGCAAGAGAGAUGGGGAGAAUGGAUUGUUCUUGCACGAUGAGAAACCUGGGGAACUGUAUCCUUGGUAGAGCCGUCAUUGUUGCCACGGCACCGU